GUGCAUAAAAACGGCUCGAGAGGCAGUUCCUUAUUCUCUCUCUUAUCUGAAACUAGAGACUGUUGUGAAAAGCAAAACACUAAAGUCAUCUUCUUAGUCACCAAUCAAUGGCGUCUCUGUCUUCAAUGCAGAUGGUUCACACUUCUCGCUCUGUUGCUCAGAUUGUUGUCAAAUCGCAGUUAGUUUCAGCAAAGCAAACAACUCAAUCAGUUUGUGUCGGCGGUUCUGCAUUGUCUUCGAGUCUACACUAUGCAGCAAGUUUCCCUCUUAAGCAAUUCUCCGGAGCUUCUUAUGCGACCAUCAAGAACCAAAGAACAGCUUGCGUUAAAUCAAUGGCUGCUGAGGAAGAAGAAGUGCUGGAACCACCUCAGGCUAAAGUGACACACAAGGUUUACUUUGAUGUGGAGAUUGGUGGUGAAGUCGCUGGAAGGAUUGUGAUGGGUCUGUUUGGUGAUGUCGUCCCUAAAACCGUUGAAAACUUCCGUGUCUUGUGUACUGGUGAGAAGAAGUAUGGAUACAAGGGUUCUUCCUUCCAUCGUAUCAUCAAAGAUUUCAUGAUCCAAGGAGGUGACUUCACCGAGGGAAAUGGUACUGGAGGUAUUAGUAUCUACGGUGCCAAAUUCGAAGACGAAAACUUCACAUUGAAGCAUACUGGACCUGGAAUCUUGAGCAUGGCCAACGCUGGUCCUAACACUAAUGGAAGCCAGUUCUUCAUUUGCACUGUCCAAACUUCAUGGUUAGAUAACAAGCAUGUUGUGUUUGGACAAGUCCUUGAAGGUAUGAAGCUUGUGAGGACACUUGAAUCUCAGGAGACACGCGCCUUCAAUGUUCCCAAGAAAGGUUGCAGAAUCUAUGCCUGUGGAGAGCUCCCACUUGAAGCUUGAAGCCUUCAAUGUUGUAUCUUUGUUUUUGCUAUUAUGAGAGUUUCAAGUUAUGAUGGUCUUAUGUUUUUAUUUAUUUAUGAUUACAUAUGAGUUUGAAAGUACAAUGAAAGGUUCCUCUUAAUCACAUGUAAGAUUCUUAUUUAAAGUGUCUGUCUUUUAAGCUUGAA